AUGUAUGGUUUUGUUUCAGCUUGCUUUAAUUACGGCGACACGCCUAACGUCAACAAAGGUGACAAGAAGGAUAACAACUUGAACAUAAUGGAUGUUGGAUUAGCCCUCCACCGCCCGCAAUCAGCCUCCUCUCGAGUGGAUGAAGAACUUAUUCAGAAGAGUAAUCGCGCUCUCUUGAACACCACUGACCCCAUAGAGCGGCUGCGUCUACAAUGUCUGUCCCGGGGUGCUUCAGGCAUUGUUGGUAUUGGAAGGGUUUUCCGUCGCAUGGACGAUGAUGGCAGCAAGCAGCUUAAUAAAGAGGAAUUUAUUCAUGGCAUCCAAGAGACAGGAUUGGAGAUUAGCAGGGAUGAAGCUGAGGAGAUGUUCAGCGUGUUCGACAAGGACAACAGCGGCUCCAUCAGCCUCGAUGAAUUUCUUCUGCAAAUCAGACCACCAAUGUCGGAAUCUCGCCGCGCGAUCGUGGAGCAAGCGUUCAGGAAGCUGGACAGGUCUGGUGAUGGGUUCAUUACAAUUGAUGAUAUACGUGGGGUGUACGCGGCUACUGCACAUCCCAGAUAUAUGAGCGGUGAAGAGUCGGCAGAUGCUAUACUGAACAAGUUUCUCGCUAACUUCGAGUCUGAAGGCUCGGUCGAUGGGAAGAUAACUCUGGAAGAGUUUAUGAACUACUACAGCGGCAUAAGUACGUCUAUCGACAGCGACUGCUACUUCGAUCUGAUGAUGCGCCAAGCUUACAAACUG